CCUGCGCGCCGGCUCCUGCGUCAGCGUCGCGCGCCGUAGGGGCGCGCGGGGCUGAGCCGCGUGCGGGCCGCCGCCAUGACUUCCGCGCUGGAGAACUACAUCAACCGUACUGUUGCAGUAAUUACUUCUGAUGGAAGAAUGAUUGUGGGAACACUUAAAGGUUUUGAUCAGACCAUUAACUUGAUUUUGGAUGAAAGCCAUGAACGAGUGUUCAGUUCUUCACAAGGAGUUGAGCAAGUAGUGCUGGGAUUAUACAUUGUAAGAGGUGAUAACGUUGCUGUCAUUGGUGAAAUUGAUGAAGAGACGGAUUCAGCUCUUGACUUGGGCAAUAUUCGAGCAGAACCCCUAAACUCAGUUGUGCACUGAAAAAUGCACAGGGACUUUGUAAAUCUUUGGUUGUACAGACCUAUUUAACAACGUGGACAGUUUUUACAAAUUGUGUUUAAUUUGUUUAGACACCAAUUUUUUAUUAUGAAUAUGUUGUAGUUUUGCAUGUAAAUUAAAGUUUCUGCAUUUUACUAA